AUGGCGCAUACCUCAGGCAUUACGCCUUUAUAUCAGGUGUUCAAACCACCUUUCACCAUCGAAUCGCCUGGAUAUGAGAAGAAGGCGAAUGAAACUGUUCCCCGUCGACACCCAAGGGCACGUGAUGGCCUGAUUGAACGCCCAUCAGAAGAUGUUCGCACUGUCUUCGACAUCAUUCGCCGCAGCGCACGACUAUUCCCCGAAAGCAAUGCUGUUGGUUCUAGAAAGCUGAUUCAGCUUCACAAAGGAACAUAUCAGUUCGACAAGAAAGUAGACGGAAAGGUGCAGAAGGUGGAAAAGGAAUGGACAUACUUCGAGUUAUCUGGCUUUUCUUUCUUGACGUACAAGCAGUAUGAGAAGCACUGUCUUGAAGUCGGCUCAGGCCUACGAAAGUUAGGACUUGGCCGAGGUGAUAAAGUAUUUCUGUUCGGGUCCACAAGUGCGCAAUGGAUCGCUACAUCGCAUGCUUGCGCUACCCAGUCCAUGUCAAUCAUCACAGCCUACGACUCCCUUGGAUCGAGUGGCCUUGAGCACAGUCUCGUCCAAACCCAAGCUGAGGUCAUGUAUAUCGACCCAUAUCUACUCAAAACAGCAUCAGAGCCUCUCAAGAGGUCAAAGGUUCACACUUUGAUUGUGAAUGAAGCAUCCAUCUUCGGCGGGUCGGAACUCCUGGAAGAGUUCAAGACCUCACAUCCAAAGGUCAAAGUGAUUAGCUUCGAUGAUCUUUUUAAGGCUGGUGAGAGCGAAAUGGUAGAUCCUGUUUACCCCGAACCCGAUGAUUUGUACUGCGUCAUGUACACUUCAGGCUCUGGGGGCGUUCCGAAGGGCGUGCGCAUUUCGCACCGCAACCUCAUUGCAGGCAUUGCCGGUCUUUACACGUGCGUCUCCGACUGUGUCACUCACAACGACAUCUUGCUUGCAUAUCUUCCGCUUGCCCAUGUCUUGGAAAUGGCUCUCGAAAACCUCGGUUACUAUUUUGGCGGCGCUAUUGGCUACGGUAAUCCACGGACCCUGUCCGAUACGUCUGUGAGAAACUGCGCUGGAGACAUGCGUGAACUGGCACCUACAAUCAUGCCCGGUGUUCCGCAAGUGUACGAGACUAUCAGAAAAGGUGUCAUGGCUCAACUCAACGCAAGCGUGCUUCUGCGAACCUUGUUCUGGCGUGCCUUUGCAUACAAGAGCUUCAUGGUCAAGCACAAGCUACCUGGGGCUUGUCUGCUUGAUAGCAUCGUGUUUGGAAAGGUUCGAGAGAUGACUGGCGGCAGAAUCCGAUUCCUUUUCAAUGGUGGAAGCGCCAUCUCUCUGUCGACGAAACACUUCCUAUCCCUCGUUCUUGCCCCGAUGUUCACAGGUUAUGGUCUGACUGAAACCUGUGCAAACGGAUCAUUAGGAUCCCCUCUUGAGUUUACCCUCCAUUCGAUCGGUACAAUCCCGGGAUCCAUCGAGGUCAAGUUGGUAUCUGUACCCGAAUUCGGCUAUUCUGCCGAUACAAAGAUACCGCAAGGUGAGAUCUUGAUCAAGGGUGGCGCCGUUAUGUUGGGAUACUAUGAGAAUGAGGAAGAAACCAACAAAAGCUUUACUGAAGAUGGUUGGUUCCAAACCGGAGACGUUGGCGAGUUCGAUACCGAUGGCCAUCUUCGCGUGAUCGACCGCAUCAAGAACCUUGUCAAGUUACUCAGUGGCGAGUAUGUUGCCCUAGAGAAGCUGGAGGCUAUCUAUCGCGGCGUGCAGGGUAUAAUGAACGUCAUGGUUUAUGCCGAUUCUGAGCACUCUCGACCUAUCGCUGUCGUGAUGCCCAACGAGACUUCUCUUCUCCAUAUGGCUCGCGAGAUGGGUAUUGAUGAGCAUAGCAUGCACAGUGAUCCUCGAAUUCAGGAGAUAUUGCUCAAGGAUCUGCAGGUAGCUGGGAAACGGGGCGGCCUAUCGAGUGCCGAGAUUGUUGCUGGCAUAGUUAUAACACCAGAGGAAUGGACUCCAGCAAGCGGCCUUGUCACAGCUACUCAAAAGCUUAGCCGGCGGGCUAUUAACACCAGAUAUAAGAGCGAGAUCCACGAGGCACUCAAAAAUGCCUGA